AUGGCGUUGGUAUCGCGAGUCCCCCCCUUCCAGCUCACGGCCCGCUAUGCCGAGCGCAGCAAAUGGGAAAUCGUCGAGGACAAAGGGGGGUAUUAUCCGGCACCGGGCCCGAAUACCGUGCGGGCUCUGGCGUCAACAGGUGCCACGAUCUUCGGCACGGCGCGGAACCUCGGCGACCUUUUGUCCGAGACGACCCCGACAGGGCGGACGCGCAGAAGACUUACCGAGAUAUUGUGUUUUACGGGCGUGAUAGAAAGAAAUACUAGGGGCGCACGCUCGGAGGCGGGCCGCGCCAAGCACGGCUUCGAGCCGCAGUUCGGCACGAACCACACCUCUCGCACUUCCUCCCGCGGGACCUGCUGCUCGCCGGCGUUCCGCUCGCGCGUCGUGAACGUCUUCGUCGUCGGGACGUCGGUACGGCCCAUGGCGAACAGAAUCGAGCGGCUCUACGGCGCGAAGGGCCUACACGGACACAGUCUCAACCCACCGCUGGCAGUGGUGAUGGGCAAUGAGUGGGUGAUGAAGUACUUCGUCCGUCUGGAGCAGGUGUUGCGCGAUGAGCGUGCACGCCGCCCGUCUCGGAGGAGUUGGAGGGAAAGGGAGGAGUGUAUCUCGAGGGCGCAGCGAUGGCCGGCCCCCGUGCCGAAGGAUGGCGAUAUGGCCGAGUACGGUUAUGGCGAAUGGGCGUUUGAUCGAGAGAAGGAGGAGAGGUUGUGGUGGGUUAGCAAGAAGAUGGUUGGUGUGGAGUAAUGGAUUAUAAGAGUCUUUAAGACUGUAUUUUCUUGAUUAUUACGGAGGUAGAGAGUAUUGGGGCUAUCUUUUCUAGCCUGCUUGGGAUAUCUGUAUCUCGCCAUAUACGCUUGUAAACACGCUUCAUGGUAAAGUACCUACAAUUUAUGUUCAUGUUUAUCCGCUGGAUAUAUAUACAUAGACGAGAUACUUCAACCAUCUCAGCACGUAAAUAUGAGAAUAGAGAACUUGUUUAGUACAGCUUAUACACACGUACCAGCUAAGUCUCAAACAUAUUGGACGAAAUACAGCACACAAAUCGAAGCUCGAACAAGGGGCAGUUAUUCUUUCUUUUUCAUUUCUUCUUGUGCGACUCGACUGCGACGCUGCUCAAUUCCGGGUCGUUGUAUCGUCGAUACAAUUCGACACCCGAGUUAUGUUCUAAAAGAUGGGACCUUCGUUCCCGCUCUCGCUAACAGAUAACAUCUAAACAAAAAAAGCAAAUUCAUUAAAAAUGAUCAGUAUCCAAAUAAGAGACCGGCCCGAAGCACUUCCAGAACCGUCCGCUCGAUGCAGAGCUCGAAUCAUGUCAUAGUUUUGGGUACCUUC